CCCCGUUACGGUCAAUUCAUACUGUGAUUGCCGACCUCAUGCGACACUGAAAUACUUCAUGUUUUUAUUAGGUCAACUAAAAAGCGUUGAACAAACGCGCACCAAAAUUUAAUAUAAACUGUCACUGUGUUACAUAUAUACCGAAAUGACUAAGAAAUGAGGAUUAGGUUUGAACAGAAGCAUAACUGAUUGUGUCAACUACUCGCCAACAGUUAUAAUAAGCGGUGAAGUGUACGUCUAGCUUAAGUCAUCAACAACGACGUCUGAUUACAAGUUUUUGAUGAUGGACAUCUGGGGGCAGCUCGACCUCCGUCUGUGGGGAUAUCUCAACCGCAUCCUGCACCUAUGAAUGCGGAACCCGUGGUAAUGUCUGUACAACAUGGAGUUCGUGGACAAUUGUGGACAACUCCAUCUUCGCAUAUGGGAUUAUCUCCACCUGGACCAGCAGGACUUGCAUACGAUACAGAAGAUGUUCAAGCUGUUAAAAAACGUUUACGUGGACGUGUGAUAAUAACUGCCAUUGUAGGACGUGAAGAAUCCACCACUAAAAUAAAUGGUAUAGCUGCCUACUACGUACCUAGCAAAGAGGCCUACUACAUACCAAGCAUAACCCUGUUAAACAUCAGUGUUGGGGAUACAUUGCAAAACAAAUGAUCAGGGAUGUGUUCCGAUGCUAGACUUUCCACUACAAUCUCAUCCACAUUAAUGUUACGAGCUGUCUGAUCUGUUAUGACAAAGUAAUUUGUUUUCAAAGAGAGAUUUAGGUUCAACACCGCUUGCUCCCUCACGAAUUUCAAGAACUGCAACUUUGAGAGCAGCUAUGUUGUUUCUGGACUCUGGAGCAACGCCCAUGGUUGGAAGAGAUCUGUAUUUUCUACAGUGAUACCCUGAACAGAAAAUACUCAAGCACCUUGCUUCUUGGAUCCGUCAUCAGAAUAUGUCACCACAACCUUCUCAUCAGAGUUCAUGAUCUCUUUGACAAUUUCAUCUAAUGCCAUAGCCUCAAUGGUAUUACCUGUUUGUCUGACACUGCUGGAUUCAGGCAGGGCGUCCAAAUCAGUAACAUCCGUCUCAUCAUGGUACUUCCAAACAUCACGUUCUUCCAAACAUUUUGUUCUCAACUGUGACGAUAGCUGCUGCAGCUUGACGCAUAGCCAUGUGGUAGCAACACUUCAGUUUAUCGACAGUUUCAUAGAACUCAGGUCGCACUCUCCUAAAUACUCACGCGGAUAUGCUGAUAUUUAAGGGGCAGUUUAUCUCCUGGCUGAGUAAGAGUAGCUGUAGAUGACAGACGUCGUUUCUUUCUCUGUACACGGUAUGUUAACAACCAUGGUUACUUUGCUUCAAGAGAUAUGCUUCUUUAUGAAUGAAUGCAGUUUUGUUCGAUUAUCAUGUACUUUUAACUUUUUUUCCGCACAUUUAAUGUCUAGUUACGUUACGAAUUGUUUAGCCUAUAUAUAUGAUGUCCAGUGAAACCCUACAAAAUAAAUGUAGUAUUUAGAGUGAUUUUUGUUUUAUGUUGUCAGUUGUAGAUAAUUAUUUUGCCAUUAUUCAUUUUACCUAAAAUACAUGAAAAUGUAUGUAUAUCAAAAGUAACAUCAUUUCAAAUGUUUUUCAAGCCUGUUUUAAUGGUCGCGAGACUUUCAGAGGGUAUGUACAUGGGGAUUAGCAUCAAUCAGCUGGUCAAACUUUGAUACUUUUGUACUCAGAGAGGUUGUGUCCAUAUUUUUAGGGGGUAUUUCAUUAAAGAAAUUACAUUUGCAAAAUAACACCUCCCCCUAUUAUAAGACAAGCACAACCCAGACCAUACCCACUUCGUACUUUGUUAAUAAAACCACAACCCAGACCACACCCACUUCGUACUUCGUUAAUAAAACCACAACCCAGACCACACCCACUUCGUACUUCGUUAAUAAAACCACAACCCAGACCAUACCCACUUCGUACUUCGUUAAUAAAACCACAACCCAGACCACACCCACUUCGUACUUCGUUAAUAAAACCACCACCCAGAACACACCCACUUCAUACAUCGUUAAUAAAACCACAAUCCAGACCACACCCACUUCGUACUUUGUUAAUAAAACCACAAUCCAGACCACACCCACUUCAUACAUCGUUAAUAAAACCACCACCCAGAACACACCCACUUCAUACAUCGUUAAUAAAACCACAAUCCAGACCACACCCACUUCGUACUUCGUUAAUAAAACCACAACCCAGACCAUACCCACUUCGUACUUCGUCUAUAACAGGACAACCCAGAACAUACUCACUUCGUACAUCAUUUGUGAAACCACAAUCCAGACCAUACUCACUUCAUACUUCGUUUAUAAAACUACCCGCCUCGGUGGCGUCGUGGUUAGGACACCGGUCUACAGGCUGAUAGGUACUCGGUUCGGAUUCCAGUCGAGG